UCUCCAUUUCCUUUCUUUUGCAGAGCUCAAAAAAAUACCGGCGGUGACAUUUAUCUCGGAUUAUCAAGCCCCGUUACUUUAAUUACUUAAUUUGUGUAUUUUAGUGUGGAAAAAAUGGUGGAAGUUGCCAAGGCAGGAGUAGUGGUUCCCGAGUCGGUAUUGAAGAAGCAAAAACGAAGCGAGGAAUGGGCGCUUGCGAAAAAGCAAGAAGGUGAGCUUUUGAAAAAGAAGAAUGCUGCGAACAGGAAGUUGAUCUUCAAUAGGGCUAAGCAGUACACCAAAGAGUAUGAGGAUCAGCAAAAGGAGCUAAUUCAGUUGAAGCGCGAAGCAAGGCUAAAAGGUGGCUUCUAUGUGAAUCCUGAAGCCAAGAUGUUGUUCAUUAUUCGUAUCCGUGGUAUCAAUGCUAUGGACCCUAAGUCAAAGAAGAUUUUGCAGCUUUUGCGUCUUAGACAGAUUUUUAAUGGUGUCUUCUUGAAAGUCAACAAAGCAACCUUGAACAUGCUGCACAGGGUGGAACCAUAUGUUACUUACGGGUACCCAAAUUUGAAGAGUGUCAAAGAGUUGAUCUACAAGAGGGGUUAUGGCAAGCUCAACAAACAAAGGAUUCCACUUACUGAUAAUUCCAUUGUUGAGCAGGCACUUGGUAAAUUUGGACUGAUCUGUGUUGAAGACCUUAUUCACGAGAUCUUGACUGCGGGUCCUCAUUUUAAAGAGGCCAACAACUUCUUGUGGCCAUUUAAGUUGAAGGCACCUUUGGGUGGGAUGAAGAAGAAGAGAAAUCACUAUGUUGAAGGCGGAGAUGCUGGAAAUCGUGAAGAUUACAUCAAUGAGCUUAUCAGGAGAAUGAACUAGAUACCUUUGGUAAAUUUUAUGGCUUGUUGUCCCAAUUUCUUAUCUGCGAGGAAGUUUUGGAUUCUAUGUUUUAGUUAUUGACCUGCAACAUCUACUAUCAUUGCUCUGUUUUGUUAUACUAAAAGCAUAUUUGUGUCGUAUUUUAGUUUUCUAUAAUGAAAAGUUCCUUUGCCAGUA